UGGGGGAGGGUCACCCUGGAGGGUGGUGCCUUGGAACCUGUUUGUGAGGUCAGCGCCACGCCCACUAGCCUCACACCCUCUCACCGCCCAAGCUGCCUCCCUCCUAGUCCAGAGAAACAGGAGUGGGUGAUGGGUUCCCGCUGUGCCAAGCUCAGCACUGGCCAUGGCACGGCCCAGAACACAGGUCACAGCCGUGGCCACGAGUCCUCCAUGAAGAAGCUCAUGGCCUGUGUGAGUCAAGACAACUUCUCCCUGUCAUCAGAGGGCGAGGAAGAAGAAGAGGAUGAGGAGGAAGAGGAAGAGGAGGAAGAGGAGGAGGAAGAGGAGGAGCAGAUACCGGUGAAGGGCAAGCUGCUGCUGCUGGGGUCCGAGAAGCAGGAGAGCUCCGAGGACAACGCCGUGGCCCAGCCAAGCCCCGAGCCCAAGCAGACGCACUCCUGA